GUCACGCUCUAACGAUCGAUCGUGCCUUUAAAACCUUUUCUCUCUCUCAGUGCAAUACAUUACUCCUAGAUCGACUUUAAUUAUACUGUUCAUAUAAAUACCUACACUCUACACUGUGAAUAAAGUGUCGCGAGAAACUGUAAAGAAUUUAAUUCAGUUGAGCAAGAAUCUUUGACAGAACGAGCAAUGCCGCCCAUCGAAGAACAGUACAUGUAUGAUUUGGUAGUGCUAGGAGGAGGCUCUGGAGGAUUGGCAGCAGCCAAACAGGCAACUGAGCUUGGAGCAAAAGUUGCGGUCUUUGACUAUGUCACACCAUCCCCAAAAGGAACGAAAUGGGGUCUUGGUGGUACCUGUGUUAAUGUGGGCUGUAUACCUAAAAAAUUGAUGCAUCAAGCUGCUUUGCUUGGAGAAGCUAUACAUGAGGCUGUUGCUUUUGGUUGGAAAGUACCUGAACCCCAAUCGAUUACCAUUGACUGGACAGCUUUAACAACUGCUGUGCAGAAUCAUGUGAAAUCAGUCAACUGGGUUACUAGAGUAGAACUUAGGAAUAAAAAUGUUGAAUAUAUUAAUGCACUUGGCUAUUUCAAAGAUCCGCACACCCUGGUUGGUGAAAUGAAAAAUGGAGAUAAAAAAGUUGUAACUGCGAAGAACGUAUUAAUUGCGGUCGGUGGUAGACCAAACUACCCAGAUAUUCCUGGUGCAGAGCAUGGCAUCACUAGCGACGAUAUUUUUAGUUUAUCCCAUCCACCAGGCAAAACUCUCGUUAUUGGUGCAGGAUACAUUGGAUUAGAGUGUGCUGGAUUUUUAAACGGAAUGGGGUGUGAUGCAACAGUUAUGGUGCGGUCGGUUGUUCUCAGAGGUUUUGAUCAGCAAAUGGCAAAUACUGUUGCAGAAGAGAUGGAGUAUCGUGGAGUUCAUUUUAUUUAUCAAGCCAAACCCAAAGCCUUGAUAAAACAAGAUGACGGCAAAAUUCUUGUUCAGUGGGACAAGGAUGGAAAACUCCACAAGGAUACAUUUGACACAGUGUUGUUUGCCAUUGGUCGCAAAGCUCUUACGCAAGAUUUAAAAUUAGAGAACGCUGGCGUUGAUGUAAUUCCUGAGAAUAGCAAAAUCGAUGCCAAUAAUGAACAAACUAAUGUACCUCACAUUUAUGCAGUUGGUGAUGUGUUGCACAAAAAACCAGAGUUGACUCCAGUAGCAAUCAAUGCCGGAAAACUUUUAGCCAAAAGAUUGUUUGGCAAUUCUGUAGAGCCAAUGGAUUACACGAAUGUUGCAACGACCGUGUNCAUUAUUCUGGAGUACUUUUGGCAUCUUUCUGGAAGUUUUAGCCCGUUUCAAGGGCACAGCCGCGUUGUCUUGCGAAUCUGGAGAUUUGCGCUUGUUGGAAUUGUUGGUAACUUCUAUUUUUAG